AUGUCGACAGUGUUCAUCAGCAAGAGCGUUGACAAGAGCUCUGCGGGCUCCUCAACUGUGUCUCUGGACGGAAUACCAGAGCUGGGAGCUCCGAUAAGCCAGCGGCAGUCCAUUUUCCAGCGAAGUGCGCGAGUUCACAAAGAAGCCAUCGCAACGCAGCCGAGUGUGUUUGAUGACCCCUCCACCUUGGAGAAAUACUACCCAAAGGAUUCAUGGGAAAAUUUCCAUAGAUUUGAUCCAUUAUUUCGUUGGACAUGGGGUGAGGAAUCAAGGCUCGUCUGGAAGCUCGACUUCCGUAUCAUGCUCUGGGCAUGCGUCAUGUUCAUGGCACUGGAGCUCGACCGAGCGAACAUCCUGCAGGCCUUGACUGAUAACUUCCUGGGCGAUUUACAUCUGACGACCGAUGACUACAAUCUCGGCAAUACCGUUUUCCGCCUCAGUUUCCUCUGCGCAGAGCUGCCAUCGCAGCUGGUGUCCAAAUGGAUGGGCCCCGAUCGCUGGAUCCCGCUGCAAAUCUCCCUUUGGAGCAUUGUUGCCGGGGCGCAGUUCUGGCUCUCUGGUAGAAGCUCUUUUCUCGCGACCCGAGCGCUGCUCGGCAUCCUGCAAGGCGGCUUUAUCCCCGACAUUAUCAUUUAUUUGUCUUACUUUUACAAGCAUGCUGAGCUUACCAUUCGGCUUGGCUUCUUUUGGACAGCGUUAAACCUGGCCGAUAUUUUGUCUGCCGUCAUCGCCAUGGGACUGCUGAACAUGCGCGGUGUCGCGGGCAAAGCCGGCUGGCGGUGGCUUUUCUUGAUCGAGGCGUUGCUAACACUUUUGAUUGGCGUCUUGUCCUGGUUGCUGAUGCCGCCUGGUCCUUGCCAAACCGCCAGUUGGUUCCGAGGCAAAGCAGGCUGGUUUUCAGAAAGAGAACAAAAGAUAAUCGUCAACAGAGUGCUCCGAGACGACCCUAGCAAGAGCGACAUGCACAACCGUGAGCCGGUGACACCGCGACUGCUCUGGAAGAGCUUAAAAGAUUACGAUCUUUGGCCGAUCUAUAUCCUGGGGCUAGUAUUCAUGAUCCCAGUCUCGCCACAGGCGUUGUACCUCACGUUAUCACUGAAAGGCCUGGGUUUCAGCCGCUUCCAAUCCAACUUGCUCACAAUACCUUCUACCGUCUUGCAAAUUUUCAGCAUGUUGGGCUUGACCUACCUGGCGGAGCACAUGCGCAGUCUCUCUCUCGUCGCACUGCUGGCACAGAUCUGGGCACUGCCGUUCAUCAUCUACCUCAAUGUCGUCAAUACCGCCACAGUCAACAAAUGGAUCAUGUUUGCCGUCAUCACUCUACUUCUGGGGUACCCAAGCGCCCAUCCGAUCCAAGUCGCAUGGACGUCGCGCAACUCCAACACUGUGCGUUCUCGGACCGUCUCCGCGGCUACAUACAACAUGUUUGUCCAGGGCUGCACCAUUAUUUCUUCGAAUGUGUAUCGCGCCGACGACGCCCCGGACUACAAUCGGGGACACAAGGCAAUCCUCGGCGUAGUGUGCAUGAAUAUUGCGCUCUAUGCGCUCACAAAAGUUUACUACGUGUUGCGCAACAAGAGCCGAGACGACAAGUGGAACGCCAUGACUGAGGAACAGAGGCUGGAGUAUCUAUCAAACCCACCGGACGAGGGCAACAAGAGGCUUGAUUUCCGUUUCGCUCAUUAG